CAAGGAGCAAAACUCUUCACGUCUGAAGAGCAAAACCCCCCAAAAAAACCCCUGUCCAUUUACCCUUCCAUUGAACAAACUCCACAGCCGUUGAAGCGGAAGCUCUCUCUUCAAUGGCGGAAAUUCAAGUUCAACGCCUCCGUGAGUACGAACUCCGUCUUCUACGCUGUUCUCUUCCAUUACUAUCUUCCAGUACUCAUACUCUUCACUCGCAAGCUACUCAGUCUUCGCCGUCAUUUCAUCCUCUUAUCGAAGAAAUAGUCACGCUUAUUGAAUCUGGACGCUAUGUGGAUUCUCUGUCUUCUGCCGGAGCACGAAGUAUAUUUGCGUUUUCCAAUUUUUUCGAGUCACUCGACCCGACUCAGUUCUACGCCGGGUUGGAGGUAGCCGUGGAGUCUUACUUGGUGUAUAAUGAUGGUGAAAUUGAUUCCUCUUUUAAGCUUAUUAUGGUUGUUGUAGUUGCUGUUGCUGCAUUUCUCGCCUUUUUGCAGUGUAAUUUCAUAGGUCCAGUGAUUAAGCUACCUUUAGUCCCAUUGCCAUGGAAAGAAGUUAAGGAGGGGAAGGAGUGGGAAAUGUGGGCUCGAAAUCAGCUGAUAUCUGCUGGUUCUGAUUUGGCUGCCAAAUGCUCCAACUUGCAGUAUCUAGUGUUUGCGAAGAUCUUGCUUAUGAAGACCAGAGAUUUAUCAUCGAGUGGAAAAGCUACAGGUCCAGCUGAUCUUGGAACUAGCACUUGGUGGUUUGCUAGACUUGUUCUUCUGCAGCAACACAUUUUGGAUGAACGUUGUUCGUCUCUAUUUGACAUGGUGCAAGUUUUGAUGAAUGAAAGUUUAAAUCUUUUUGGCAAUGUGGAAAAAGCAACAUGUUAUUGGGGUGCUUUGUUAGAAGAAGAAGAAGCUUCAACUAUUGUCUCAACGCUGCAGUUAGAGGCUGGGUUUAUUGAAUGUACCUUUGGGCGUGUUGACCCUGCACGUCAAUACUUUGAAGCUGCAGCAUUGACCGUGGGUCUUGAGUUCUCUGUAACUGGUGCUCUUGGUUUUCGGACAGUGCAUCAAGUCGAGCCAAAGGCACAAAUGGUUCUUGUUGCAUGCAAAAGCUCUUUUGCUAGUGCCAAUUGUGCACCACUAAGUGUUUCAAAUAAAGGAGAUGAGUCAAAAGACCCAAAUUUUCUUCAAAGUCAACAUAUUGGAGAGGCUUCUGAUGUGUUGAUGGCUCCAAAAAUACUCUGCGUUGAUGGCAGUGGGGCAACUGGCUCAAAUGUGGUCCAACAUGAUUUUGCCACUGGUAAAUCCUUGACAGCAAUUCAACAGGCGGUUGUUCUUGCACAAUGCUUUUUAAUAGAAAAAAGAUCUCGAAUGGACGAGUUACAAAGGUGGGAGAUGGCCCCGUACAUAGAGGCUAUUGAUUCUCAACGUUCAUCAAAUUUCCCAAUCAAAUGUUCAUGUAACAUCUUGCGUAUAAAGUGGGAGUCUACUCGCAGCCGAACUAAGGAGCGUGCUUUGCUAAUGAUGGACAAAGUGGUCCAAGAUCUUUAUGAUUCAUCACCCCACGUGUUGGAGAGGGUCCAUUCCUAUUUUGCUGUUUACAUGCCAGCGGUGCCUGUUUUGAGAAAGGAGUACGGUGAACUUCUCAUCAGCCGCGGUUUGAUAGGGGAGGCACUUAGAAUUUUCGAAAACUUGGAACUUUGGGAUAAUUUGAUUUAUUGCUACCGCUUAUUAGAGAAAAAAGCAGCAGCUGUUGAGCUGAUCAAGGUGCGAUUGCAGGAAACACCUACUGAUCCAAGGUUAUGGUGUUCAUUGGGUGAUGUGACAAAUGAUGAUUCCUGCUAUGAGAAAGCUCUCGAGGUUUCAAAUGAUAGGUCUGCCAGAGCUAAGAGAUCUCUUGCUCGCAGUGCAUACAACAGAGGAGACUAUGAAAGGUCUAAAGUUUUAUGGGAGUCUGCCAUGGCAUUGAAUACACUUUAUCCAGAUGGUUGGUUUGCUCUAGGAGCCGCUGCAUUGAAGGCAAGGGAUAUCAACAAGGCACUUGAUGGGUUUACUCGUUCGGUUCAACUUGAUCCGGACAAUGGAGAGGCUUGGAACAAUAUUGCUUGUCUACAUACAAUAAGAAACAAAAGCGAAGAGGCUUUCAUUGCUUUUAAGGAAGCGUUGAAGUUCAAAAGAAACAGCUGGCAAAUGUGGGAGAACUAUGGCCAAGUUGCUGCUGAUGUUGGCAAUUUCUCUCAGGCAUUGGAAGCAGCACAGAGGGUAUUAGAUCUCACCGGAAAUAAGAAAUGUGAUGGAGAGUUGCUAGAGAGAAUCGUACAAGAAAUGGAGAAAUAUUAUUCUACUGCUACAGCUUGUGACGAAGAUUUUUCCAAUCAAACAACUUCUGAAUCUGAGUUGGCUUAUUCAAGAGAAACUCAACACUUGAUGGAUAUGCUAGGGAAAGUUCUCCAGCAGGUUGUUCGUAAUAUUGGAAAUGGAGAUGCAUGGGGCUUAUAUGCUCGGUGGCAUAAGAUGAGGGGAGAUCUUACUAUGGCUUCAGAGGCUCUGUUAAAACAAGUUAGAUCAUACCAGGGAUCAGAUGUUUGGAAAGAAAUCGAUCGGUUCAAAAAGUAUGUUCAUGCAUCCUUGGAGCUUUGUAAGAUAUACAUGGAAAUAUCGUCCUCAACUAGAAGUCUUAAAGAGCUCAAUGCAGCCGAAAUGCAUCUCCGCAGCACCAUCAAGCAGGCAUCUUCAUUUACAGACACCGAGGAAUUCAAGGAUCUCCAAGUUUGCCUUGAAGAAGUUCAGAAACUUCGAGCCAAUACUGAAUCGAUUUCUUGAAUUGGUACGAAGUAUUUUUGGUUCUGCAGCCUUUAGCAACAUUGUUUUUUUGAAGUGACGACAACGUUUUGUAUCUAGAAAACUUUUUGCUAGGCUUUUAUUUAUACUUUUUCUUCUUUUAUACACUUCAAAUUUUGGUUUAGGUAAAUUAUUCUUCUGGUGUGGUUGUGUUACAUUUGCAUCUUGAUUUUUAUGUGUGCUCUUGUUUGA